UCUUCUGCGCAGAGCUAAAAGUCACACUCCCCCCUAAUUCCCUUUCUUUAUUCAUUUUUUACAUUUUAACUUGAUUUAUUUUUAUUUUUAUUAUCUCUCUAUCUCUCUCACUGGGAAAAUCCUGUCUGGUUUUACGCCGGUUGGCUUUGAAACCGCUUUUCUCUUCUCAUUAUAAUUCCAACUCAACACAUUCUUGUACUGCUCUCUACUUAACCCCAUUUCUCUUCUUUCUCUUGCAUGCAUUGUUGUUCAACCGAAGGUUAAACCUUUAUUUAUGAUAAUGGCACAUUGUAUCAAUCUCAUUAACCAGCUAAGCUUUGUCAUUAUCGUAUUCUGUUUGGUAAUUGGGCUGUUUUAAUUGAGUAACGCUUGAUUUUGUUAAGAAGAUUUCAGAGAAGGGAAAACUCAGGAAGAGACUCUGUGUGUGUGUGUGUGUUUGCGCGUGCAAGUGCAUAUAUAAAUAUUAUAUAUAUACAUAUAUUCUUGAUGGCUCCGGUGACUAACUGGCUUUCGUUUUCGCUUUCUCCAAUGGAGAUGUUGAGGUCAUCGUCAUCAUCUGACUCUCAGUUUUUAAACUAUGACGGUUCCGCAGCUGCCCCUCACUACUUCAUCGAUAACUUCUAUGCUAAUGGUUGGGCAACCCCCAAAUCUCAAGUGUUCUUCUCCGAGGAGGAGAGCGGUGAAGCUAAAGAAUUUGUACCAACUAGCGAUGUGGAUUCAACCCUUUUACCAACCUAUGAUAUCCACACUCAAACCCCGACUCACCCAGUUCCCAAACUGGAGGACUUCUUUGGCGACUCUUCGUCAAUAGUUCAUAGCCAAACCGAGACCCCGGACUCGUCCUUGACUCACAUCUAUGACCAUUGUUCGGCCUCCGCUUUCUUUAAUGAUCAUCAAGAUCUAAAAGCAAUUGCUGGGUUUCAAGCCUUUUCGGCUAACUCGGGAUCGGAAGUUGACGACUCAACUUCUAUGGGUAGGACAACUCAGCUUGCUGGGGCUGAGUUCAUUACUCACUCUAUUGAGUCCACUGGGAGCGAGUUGGGCUUCAGUAAUUAUCUUUCUAAUGGCGGUUUGUCUCUGGGGGUUAAAAGUAAUAAUAAGAACAAUGUUAGUACGAAAGAGAAGGCUAUUGUUUCGGUCGACUCUGAUUCAAGCAAAAGGGUUGCUGAAACUUUUGGUCAAAGGACUUCGAUUUACAGAGGAGUCACUAGGCACAGGUGGACUGGCAGAUAUGAAGCGCAUCUUUGGGAUAACAGCUGUAGAAGAGAGGGUCAGGCGAGAAAAGGGCGUCAAGUUUACCUUGGUGGGUACGACAUGGAAGAUAAAGCAGCUAGGGCAUACGAUUUGGCAGCUUUGAAAUAUUGGGGACCUACAGCAACCACCAAUUUUCCUGUAUCAAAUUACACAAAAGAGUUGGAGGAGAUGAUGAAUGUUACUAAGCAGGAAUUCAUUGCUUCUUUAAGGAGGAAGAGUAGUGGUUUUUCGAGGGGAGCUUCCAUAUACAGGGGUGUUACAAGGCACCAUCAGCAGGGUCGUUGGCAAGCUAGGAUUGGCCGUGUUGCCGGAAACAAAGAUUUGUACCUUGGGACAUUUGCUACCGAAGAGGAGGCAGCAGAAGCAUAUGAUAUAGCAGCAAUCAAGUUCCGUGGUGCAAAUGCUGUGACCAAUUUUGAGAUGAGUCGAUAUGAUGUUGAUGCUAUUGCCCAGAGCACUCUUCCAAUUGGCAGUUCUUCUAAGCGCAUGAAGCUUGCACUCGAAACCGAGCUCAAACCGACUUGUAACCCAGAUUUGCAACCACAGAGUAGCAGCAGCAGCAGCAGCAUUAACUUUGCACCUCCUCAUCCAGUUAAUCCAAUCCCUUGUGAAAUCCCUCUUGAUGCUCUGUAUCAGCAAAACUUCUACCAAAACUUCCAAACCUGUAACUUUGGCAAUGCCAACUCUCCUACUUCAGUUGCACCCAUGCCAGGUCGAAUGGGGUUCUUGCCUCAACCAUCCGAGGUCUAUUUCUGGUCUCACCCACCGUCUAAUCACCCCCAACCUUAUUGAAGAAGCUUUUACUCUUACCGCAAAUGGAAUUCAGCUAACAACAGCAGCAGGUUUUUUCUUUUUUUUUGGUUUAUCAGCAUAUCCUUACAGCUGACUGGUACUUCAACUGUCUCACCUUAAAUCUAGCAUUAACCUUUUGAAGUAGUAGUAAAGAAAGACGGUAGUUUUUAUGCAAUGUGAAGGUUGUAGUAACAUGAGUAGGAAGUUGGGUUUUGUAAGUAACUUGUUACUGAUCCAUCAGAUGGUAAGAAGAAAAGCUUGUUGAACUAGCUGCUAUGAAAAUACCAAAUACUUUCUAUAAAUGAUCCUUGGUUGGUUUUGA